AUGCCCUCGCAAGAAAAGGAAGAAGACGAAGGUCUUCGGAAAAUUGAAGAAUCAAUCAAUGCGGUUUUGGACCCUUAUCAGCAAUCACAUGUUCCGUUGAAAAUCAAGAAAAAGAAGAAGAGGUUUUUACUACCCAAAUCCAGGGAUAUAAAUUUGAGUAAAGUGAGAGGCAAGCGGAUUGUGGAGCUGUUCAGGGCGGAGCCAUUUCUUAUGAAUAAGAGACAUUCAAGAACCAAAGAAGAUAACGAAAAGAGGAGUCGUGCCUACGAAGAAAUUGCUGCUCAGAUGAACAAAGAGUUCAGAAAUAUGGAAGGAUUCAAAGAAAUCACUUCUUUUCAAGCUGCAAAACUCGCCGAUUACUGGAAAGACCGAAUUCCUGACAACCGUAACUCUGAAGAACCAUCUCUGCUGUUGACUGGUCAGUAUACGGUAUCUCCGUCUCCUCCCAUCUUCCCAACACCACCCGACUCACCACGAGACAAACUCGAACAGCUGCAACAAAUGACAAUUAGGAGGAAACAGACAGCAGAACGUCUCCAGUUCAUUGUGAACACAGCAGACAUGUUUAUGAGCAAGACAGGUCUCGAUAAACAACCACAUGGACGGUCUGCAGAGGUUAACAAUAUUAGGACGAAGGUGUGGAGGAGAAUUCAAGAAGAAACCAACAUUCGAUUCAAUUCGUUGAAACCAUACAACUUGGUCCAGGUGAAAAAGGCUGUUUCGAAUUAUAAACGCCGGAAAGAGGAAGCAAAAAAUAUUAUCAGGAACAAAAAGUAUAUCACGAAGCACGAGUUAGAAGAACCGCAGAAUGAAGAGAAGCCUGUGAUGACGGCAGAUCCUUGGGUAGCUGAGAUGGAUGUGGACAAUACUCCGAUUUAUGAAGAUACGGAUGAUAUUCAAACAUUCCAGGAUGUCAUUAACUAUGCCAAUUCAGUCCUGCAAGAUUCUCGAUGA